AUGAAGCUUCAAGCGACCUUACUCAUGGCUGUCAUAGCUUGCAUGUGCGAUGGGUCUCUUAUUUGGGACAAGAUUACUGCAGCUGUAUGCUGUGCUCGGGAGCUUCGACUUGUGCAUACAGCGAGAGGCCAGCAACCGAGCUUGAACAAGGAAGAUCAAGAGCUUGCACAGCGUAGCAUAUGGUUUCUUUACAGCUUGGAGACUGACUACGCGAUUCACCACGGCAUUCUUCCAAUCUUGGAUCCUGAAUGGGCAACCCAGUUUCCCUCUUUUGAACAAGGUGACGACAUGAUCGCGGUCUCGUACACCUACUCGGAGCUCCUUCACUAUGUUAUGAAGUCCCAAUACAGCCCAAGAGCACUCAAAAACCCGUCUUCUGCCGAUCAUCAUGUUAAGGCGAGUUACCAUGCCCUCAACGAGUGGGUGAGCAGGCUUCCCGCACCACUAAGCGAGGCAUGCGACGCCAAGAAUCUACAAUACAUUGAGGACGACCGGCAGUUACGGAAAUCAUUCCGUGUCUUCUGCAUGUACCAUGGAGCGAUAUUCUUUAUUCACUGUCCAUGGAUAACGUCAACCCCUUCUGCUGAUUUGAAGUCAUCCAGGGCUGCUGAGCUGACACGGAAGAAAUGUGCGGAGCGUUGCAUCGAGUCAGCAUUUGCUGUGGUCAAGCUGGCAAAUUGCGGGCUAUUUUGGGAAAGGGGUCUUGAAAGAGAUUUCAGUUCGUCAAGCCGCCGGUGGGGUGACAUGGGUCAGCUUCUACUGGUCUCCCUCUGUUUUAUUGUCUAUUACGUUGGCAGUGGCGAGGAAUGCGACCGGAAGACCACGAUGCCUUACCUUGCCAUCUGCGGUGGCUUAUUCGGGCGAUUGAGUCUGGAUGGCGACGCGGGGUCGCUUCUUCAUCACUACCUGGAGUUGGUCCAGAUAAUGGGCAAAGCCAUGAGUCGGUCGUUUCUGGAAAGGCACAAGCCCUCGAUUCUUGUCCUGGCAUCUCAGUUUUCGGCAGCAGCUCUCAAUGGCCCUGCCAAGUUAUUCGAAACAGAAGACGAUCCCAUGCAUCCCUUUCAAGUUCUGUUUGUGCGAUUUCUUAUCACCGGCCUAGCCAGCGCUCUCUACCUCUGCUAUACUGGGGCUCCCAACUUUCCAUUGGGGUUGCCCGAGGUGAGGCCUUUACUGGCCCUUCGGGCAACAGCGGGCGUCUUUGGGGCAUUUGGCUUUUUUUUCUCCAUCAUGUAUCUCAAACUUAGCGAGGCUACAGCCUUGAACUUUCUCGGACCACUUGCCGCCAUGAUCUUGACCCGAUAUCUUCAUUCCAGGACUUUUGAAGUAACCGAUCGUGUCGGAGCUCUGAUGGCAUUGUUGGGUGUGGUUCUUGUUGUGCAACCAGACGCUCUGUUUGGGUCGCAGCCCACACUUACGAGCCCUACGCAGUCUAGUGCCGAAGCAUCUGCCACAAGUCGAAUGACUGGAGUUGGCUUUGGGCUGGUUGGUGUUUGUGGCGGGUCGGUUGCCCUUACUGCGAUUCGUUGCAUUGGGGAUCGGGAGCACCAUAUAGUCAGUGUCAUGUACUUUGCAUGGGCAGUAGUUACGAUAACAACGAUCGCGUUUUUCUCGAUGGAGAGCAUUCACCUAACUACAAGUGCGCUUUCAUGGCUUAAGCUAAUACCACUUGGAAUCUUCGGCUUCGUAAUGGUUAGCCAGUUGAUAUAUCGUGUGAUCAUUUCUUCGACGCUAGAAGGAGGGCAGGAGUGUCUUCUUGCCGCAGGCAUUGCCGAUGAUGCAUCAUCGGUUGCUAUCAUUAUGAUAUACUCCCAGGUGGCUUGGGCCUUGCUUCUGGACUGGGCUGUAUGGCACUCUAAAGUCAAUACUUUGUCAUUGGUCGGAAUUGGGAGUGUUGUCACAAGUCUCGUUGUUGUUUCUUCUGCCAAAGAGUGGAGAUGGAUCAGAGAGGCUCAAUACGAUGUUUUAUUGCAUGAAGCAAGUGAUGAAGACAUUGCAGUCGGUGGAGAAAUGAUCGAAGUUCGGCCGAACAGCCUUGUAGCAUAA